GGCUGUUUGGGUAUACUUAAAAACGGGCGCAGAGCUUGCACAAGAAUGUGCAGUUUUUAGAGGGGCGGAGACAAGCUUGCCUUGCAUCCAUAGCGUGAAGAGCGGCGGACAGGCUGCCUCACUGUAGGCUGCUGCAGAGAAAAGCCCAAGUUUACAAUAGGAAUAAGAAAGCUUGUCUCUCGGCUCUUCUGGUCCAUUAUGGGUGGAUGUUUUUCGGUCGCAGAAACGAGUCACACAGCCCGGUAGGCAUUUUUUUCGGUGCUGUUGAACUAACCAGGCUCGUCCAUGGUAAGGUCACGGUGGGAUUCGAGCAAGUGACCCGCUUAACAUAGUUAGAAGUGCGGCUAAUUUUGAGAGACGCAACAGUGUUAACCAGGAGGAAAACACCGCAGGGUUGCAUUAAAGGGACGGCAGCCUGAUUUCCCUGCGCGUUAUGUUAAAAAGCGCCUUCUUCCGCGGCUGUUUCCCCGUGGGGUGGAUAAGAAAAGUGGACUGUGGUUUGUUUUCUGCAUCCACUUGAAGCCUGUAUGGAACAAAGUGUGCUAUAUUGAAACAUAGCCUGCGCCGUGCGGUGGAUCCAGGCGUAUAAACAUAUGUCGUAACAUUUCUCGCCAAGAGUCCAGCGUCUCCCGAAAUCAUCAUGAGGACCACCGAGGAGCCAGACGGCUUUGACGGCGAGGCCUCCAACACUUCCAUGAUCUCCGGGGCCAGCAGUCCAUAUCAGCCCACCACCGAGCCAGUCCAUGCGAGGAACGUUUUGGGGGGGAUAAGGUGCGACGUGGAGUACCUCAAGUCAUACUUUGGAAUUUUAAAGAUGGUUGAAGUGGUCCUAUCCCUUAUUGGAUUCAUCUGCAUAGAGACUAUCAUGAUGUGCUCACCCUGUGGAGGGGUCUACUUCUUUGAGUUUGUUAGCUGCAGUGCCUUCGUGGUGACAGGAGUCCUCCUCCUGAUCUUCAUCCUCAACCUGCACACCAAGGUGCCCCACGUCAACUGGAGCCUCACGGACCUGGUUAACACUGCUGCCAGCACCUUCUUCUUCUUCUUGUCGUCUCUUGUGCUGGCCUGCAUCAACCACAACACUGGAGCUGAAAUAGCAGCAGUGGUCUUUGGCUUCCUGGUGACAGGUGUGUAUGGAAUAAACACCUUCCUGGCAGUACGGAGGUGGCGCCUUGGCAAUGGGUGUCCGGGGGCGGCUCUGACCAGUGAGUACAUGCGAGCACGAACGGCAUCUCGCGGAGAAAUGGAGGCAAGACCUGAGCUUGCAUGAGUGCUGGCAGACAAUCAGAAAGACUAUGGGAAAGCCACACUACCGGCAGCUGACUGAGAUGGACUCUGCCUUUAGAACAGUAUUUCAUUCAAGUCUUCAGUGUAUGGGCCAUCUCAAGCUAACCACAUGCUUUUGACUUCUCAUCACAACACCAAGGUGAAGAGCUCGAGUCAGAAUUUAAGGUAUUCUCCGUGAAAAACAUUUCAUCCACAUAUCUUUCUAAAUCAUUGUGAAGGAUGACUUCCACAAAGAGCCCAAAAAAAGGGUGACUUCACUCCAACUGUGCACCUUCUUCUGUUCUGGCGUAGGUGUUGACUUUUUAGAAAUUUUAGUGUUUCACUGUGAAUGAAGUCGAGUAAAAGAAGGUCAGCUUUUGUACAGUCUGCUUGUUUCACGCUGCUUUCUGUGAAGUCUGUGGUAAUAAAUGGGAUUGUGGAUCCAGAAAGGCAUUGUACCAGCAACAUACAGUAACCUGCAGUACAGCAGAAGCACCAUGACUUUACUGUUCUUUCUUAAAUACUGACACCAGCCUUUGGCUUCUACCUGCGAGCAAGGCUGACAUUAGAUAUUAUAGUGUAAAGAUUACACAUGUUGACAUAAGAUUUUGUUUCUCCUUUGUCUUGACUAACUCUACAAAUGCCUUUGUGACCUUUAGCCCAUAUUAAGAUCUUUCCUGCCUGAAAUUACACAGUAACAGGGUCUUUCUUAACUGCAAUACAGACAGUACAAUAAAAGUUGAACAUUCUGAAAUCAGUAAAAGUACUUCUUUGCAACACAAAUGCAUCCAAUGGGUUUGACACAAUUAUGAGACCAAAAAGAAAAUUAUUUAAUACUUCAUUCCAUCUACUUUAUGCCAGGUUGUGUAUAAACUAUCCAAAAAAUAUUCACACUAGAAUUCCAAAAUUUGUAAUUUUGAGGUCUGUGUGAGGUCAACACUGUGAACCAGGAGUAGGUUAUAUAAGGCGAUGUUUGGAAGAUAAUUGGUAUCUUGUUAGUUUUGCACAUAUCCAAGGCCUCAGGUAAUACAAAUGCUGACGGCACAUCAGUGAGAUUCAUUUUGAAACAAACAAACCAGUAGGUGACCUGGUCAAGAUCAAUGUCCUUAGCUUAUACACUGUAUCUCAGGUAUUCACAUACUCCUUUAAAUCUUUGAUUCUUGCAACAGCAACAAAAAAAACAUAUUUCACAUGAAAUCACAGGGUGCCUGACCUGAAUGCUGUAUUUCUUUAUGCCUUCCUAAUUAUUACACGUAGGACUAUCAUAGAGAAUGGAAUUAACUAACACAAUUGAUUAAAAAAUGAAGAGUCACAUGAAGGUCGGGACAGUGGGAUGGAAAUAUGGUACAUUAUUGUCACAGCUUGCACUCUGUUUUAGGUUGAAUCAAAAUGUAUAUGUAUCUACAGAAUAUUAUUACACUUUAUGUAUAAUGAAAUCUCUAUCAUUCCACAUUGCAGCUGUUUUAAAGCUCAUAUAUACAUAUGGAGUGCAAAACAGACUUGGCAUACCUUUAAUGUUUUUCUGUUCGGCCAGUGUACCUGUACAAACAGGUAAAAAUGACAUCAUAUUUGCUUUUUAGGAUGAAGGAAGAAAUGUCAACUUGUGUCUUGUAUUGUUCUAAUGCAUUGAAUCUACACUACAGUUACACAUGUGUAUGUUUUUGGUGUUGUUUGAGAGCUCUUUGUGUAUAUUAGGCUUGGGUGGGUGUGUGCAGGCUCUAAAUCGACUCUAUGGCUCCAUCUCCUGGUCGUCAUCUACAAUGUACUCAUUGUGACGUCAGUGGGCGGACUGUACAGCCAGAAAAUUACAGUAGUGUGUGUACAAGUGGAGGACCAGAAUUGUAUGUGACUGUUGUUUAAAAUUAAAAACUGUAUGACUUCUUAAAUAGCCUAAAAGGUUUCCACAGUACACAAGAGGCUUCAUUAAUCAGACUUUUCUCAUGGUUUUAGUAACUUGUAUUAUGUACAACUGCUAUUUCUCCUGGUUUUGUGACCGAAGUAGUUUUAUGAAUAGACAAUCAUAUUUGUUAUUUGGUCAGUUACAUUGAUGGAUUUGUUUCUGAUUGAUGAAAAAUGUUCACAUAAACAUUUGUACAGCGAACAUUGCGACAUUUUAUUAUGUUAUUUGAUUAUAUAAAAUGACCAUGACCAAUGUAUUUUUCACGAACUAUCAAGCUGCAGCUCUCUGUAUAGCCCACAACUUUAUGCUACAACAUGUUAUGAACUGUUUGUAUUUCUGGGGAAGAGAAGAAAUGCUUUCCACUAGUUUCCAGAUUGUGCUUUAAACAGCGGACAUGAUUAGCCUGACUGUUUGGAUGAGGUUAGGGGUGAGAUGUUUUUCUGUUUUCUUUUAAUUCUGCGUGCUUUGUUAAUGAUUACAACGAGGUCCGUCUUGUUACAGCAUGGAGCCGUACUUAGCUGUAUGCUGUAUUUAUGUAUUUAAAACAAUCAUAAGAGGCUUCACGUUGGUUUAUAGUGACAAUUUAAAUAAAGUGAUUUGGACAUUAUUGAAAAAAA